AUGUUCGGUCGGUUCAGUCUCGCGUUCUUCUUCGUCACCCUUUGUGCGCUCUUCUGCGCCCAGGCUGCAGAGGCUGCAAAGGGCCCCAAAAUCACCAACAAGGUCUUCUUCGAUAUCAAGCAUGGUGACAAGGACCUUGGACGAAUCACCAUUGGUCUCUUCGGUGGAACUGUUCCCAAGACCGUUGAGAACUUCCGCGCUCUUGCUGUUGGCAAGAAGAAGGAUGGUACCGAACUCGACUUUGGCUACAAGGGCUCCAAGUUCCACCGUGUCAUCAAGGAUUUCAUGAUUCAGGGCGGUGACUUCACUCGUGGUGACGGAACUGGUGGAAAGUCCAUCUACGGUGAGAAGUUCGCCGACGAAAACUUCAAGCUCCGCCAUACUGGUCCUGGUGUCCUCUCCAUGGCCAACGCCGGCAAAGAUACCAACGGAUCCCAAUUCUUCAUCACCACUGUCAAGACCAGCUGGCUCGAUGGCCGACAUGUCGUUUUCGGAAAGGUUCUCGAUGGAAUGGACGUCGUUCACGCAAUCGAAAACGUUCCCAAGGGUGGAGGAGACCGACCUGCUGAGGACGUCGUCAUUGCCGACUGUGGCGAGCUCGAAAUUGAGACUGUUGUUGACGAAGAUGGCAAAGAGGGAUCUACGAACGACGAUAGCAAAAACGACGAAAAGGCAAAGGAAAAUACCGGCCCAACUGGCACUGCAGCGGAUAAAGCUGACCCACCUGCCCCCUUGACUGGCCCACCUGUCGGCGAGAUCACCCAAAAGUCCUCCACCACCAACCCCAUCCCCUCACUCCCCCAAACAGACUCUUUCUCCAACCUCGUCUACCUCCUGAUGAUCGGCGCGGUUGCCGGAGCGGUGUUUUGGUGGAUUGGAGGAUUCAGGUGGUUGAGGAGGUUCCUUCCUGGUGGUGACAGCAAGUAUAAGAAGCUCGCCAGCGAUGAUGUCGAGAGGUACUAA